GUGCACCGACCACGACGAUAAAUACCCUUUGAGAAGAUGUAUCACAUUUUCCCAGUAAAUUGCAGCACGUUUGAGUAACAUGCAUUGCUAAGGGUAGAAUAGAGCCAGGUGUUUCGUGGGCAUUCAGAAGAGGCCAACAAAUAAACGGAUACAGUCGCUGGAAGUGAAAUCCCACGAGAAACCGAUCAUAAUGAUGUCACUCAAAAUGAAAUGCCAUAGCAGACGACGCAUCUGAAAAGAAGACUGCGUUCACUUUGUUGUGACUCAGACUCGCGUAUUACGUCACUGUUGGGUAUAUCAAGAAAGAAGCAUUAUUGAUCAGAGGUUUGCUAUAAGCAAUGCAGUUCCCUAGCCACAACGAAUAAACAGGUUGCACUAGUUUGAAGAUUCCACAAGCCCACCUGUUUACAAAUUCUCUCUAUCAAUAAUUUUCAAUAAAGCCUAGAGGAACAUGGCAGCCAUGAACUGGCAUUGGCACCAGUUGUGUGGUCGGAAUGGCAACUUCACUGCAUGGAACCAUGAUGAUUUCAGUCACUGCUUUGAGCUGAUUGUGUUUGUGUGCCCCAUGCAUGUUCUUCUUGCACUUGUUAGUGCAUAUUACUUUGCUCAAAGUCAGAAACGUUUCGGAGGGAGUGAGCUCCAGGUGUCGUGGACAUGGUUCUUGAAAUUUCGUUUCCUAGUGACGAAUUUAUUGAUUUUAUGUCCACUGUUACAGAUUAUUUUCACGGUUACUCUACUUAAGUUAAAGACCAGCCUAGCAGAUUGUGUGACUAUUGGUGUUGUUGUAUUCGCCUGGAGCUUACACACUGUAUACAUGUGGUGUAUUCGGUAUCUUCAUACCAUAACAAUGCGGGGUCCACUGGCAGUAUUUAUUACUUUCCUUAUGACAAUGGUAUCCCUAGGUAUUCAUUUGAGAUCUGUGAUCAUUCAACAUAUUGAGAAAAAUUCAAAUCACAACCCUGCUGAAGAAUAUGCCACUUACGUCACUCUUGGAUUACAAUUAAUGUAUCUUGUAACUUUAAUCCCAAACAGACGAAGAAUUUAUAGGACCGAUAUGUUUACAAGAAAUAUCAACUAUGAUUCACCGGAAACAGAAGUCUUGUCUUGGGAUAAUAUAAGGUCAUAUGGUGGAGUUGACCAACCUGGUAAUCUGGAAAUACUUCAAGCAGAGAAAGGCGUCAACUGUUUUUCUUGGAUUUCGUUUCACUGGGUACAGCCUAUGAUGUCUCGUGGUGCUAAACAUAUGAUACAAAGUGUUAAUGAUAUAUUUGUUUUACCUAGCAGAUUAGGUACAGAAAAAAUACAGUAUGAAUUUAGUCAAGUUAUUUCUCAGAGGAAACAGAACAUGCAGUUGCAUUCAUCAGAAAACCAAGAACACUUGACAAACUCUUUGCAAAACCAGCACUUAAUUAACUCAUCUAUAGACUCUCAUGGUGAUCUGAAUAACAUUGAAAGCAAUAGCAGCAACUCGUACGUUAGUUAUAGAUCUGGGCGACAUAAGGAUGGUAGUUCAAAGUCUAAAAGUGACAGCCUCUUUCGUGCAUUGAACUCUGCAUUUGGUGUGGAAUAUUAUCUCUUGGGGAUUCUAAAAUUACUAGCAGAUGGUUUGGGGUUUGCUGGUCCCAUUCUUUUAAAUCUGUUAGUGUCCUAUAUUGAAAAUAAAAAGGAACCCGCGUAUCAUGGCUAUAUUUAUGCUGCAGGCCUCAUGAUAUCUACAUUCCUGGGAACAGUGUGUUCCACCCAGUUUGACUACAACUCUCAGGCUGUAGCCUACAAGAUCAGAUGUGCUGUUAUAACCACAGUUUACAAGAAAGCUUUGACUAUCAGUAGUGUCACAAUGUCCAAGUUCAACACUGGCCAGAUCGUCAACUUUAUGAGUACUGACACAGAUCGUAUUGUCAAUUUCUGUCCAAGCUUUCAUGCGUUCUGGAGUUUACCAUUCCAGAUUGGCGUCUCAUUAUAUCUUCUUCAUCAGCAAGUGGGACUCGCCUUCUUAGCUGGUCUUGCCUUUGCCAUUAUACUCAUUCCUAUUAACAGAAAACUGGCCAUCAAGAUUGGUGAACUCAGUAACACGAUGAUGGAACAGAAGGAUGCCAGGGUUAAGCUGAUGAAUGAAAUACUGUAUGGCAUCAGGGUUGUAAAGUUCUAUUCCUGGGAAGACCAUUUUUUGAAGAGAAUCCAAACUAUAAGAGAUGCUGAGCUAAAGAGUCUGAAAGGCCGGAAGUAUCUGGAUGCAUUCUGUGUGUAUUUUUGGGCCACAACACCUGUGCUGAUCUCCAUUCUCACAUUUUCAACAUACUCGCUCAUGGGGAAUAAACUUACUGCAGCAAAAGUAUUCACAAGCCUGUCUCUGUUCCUGAUGUUGAUUGGUCCUCUCAAUGCCUUCCCCUGGGUGGUGAAUGGACUCAUGGAAGCAUGGGUCUCUAUGAAGCGAGUGCAAGCAUUCUUCAAGUUAGAGGAACUAGACAUGGACAAAUACUACUCACAUUCCUCAGCCCUGCACAGUCCCCUAAUGGAAGUCAACAAUGGUAGCUUCUCCUGGCAAAACGUUUCCGAAACCCAGUCCUCAGACCAGUCCCCAGACCAGUCCCCAGAGCGGUCUUCUUCCUCUGUGACAGCCAAUACACUCAAACUCAGGGACAUCAAUCUCUACAUUGAUAAGGGUCAGUUUAUUGGAGUUAUUGGGAAAGUUGGAUCAGGUAAAAGCAGCCUCUUCAGCGCAUUGAUGGCUGAGAUGAAGAAAGAUGGUGGAUCAGUGACUGUGGAGAACUUGUCAGACGGAUUCGCUCUGGUGGCACAGGAACCAUGGAUCCAGCAUGCAACAGUGAAAGAAAAUAUCCUGUUUGGGAAAAAAUAUGAAGUCAGACGCUAUGACAAUGUAUUGGAUGCAUGUGCUCUCGUCGAUGAUUUGAAGAUGUUACCUGCAGGGGACCACACCGAGAUUGGGGAGAAUGGCGUCACCCUCAGUGGGGGUCAGAAGGCCAGGAUCGCCCUAGCCAGAGCUGUCUAUCAGGAUAAAGACGUGUACUUCCUUGAUGACCCGUUGGCAGCUGUGGAUGCUCACGUCGCCAAGCACCUGUAUCAGAAGUGCAUCAUGGGACUGUUGAAGCAAAAGACCAGGAUUCUCUCGACUCAUCACACACACUUCCUGUCCAAGGCUGACAAAGUCAUUGUUAUGGAUAAUGGCUGCAUUUCACAAACUGGCCCUCCUGAUGAAAUUCUACCCUCAAUCUCGGCCAACUUUGACAGUGAAACUGAAGCCCAGGCCCCAGGAUCAGGAUCUGAAGAUGACAAUCCCACAGACCCUCAAGAUGGAACCUUGGUGGAGGAGGAGGAGCAAGAGAAGGGCGUGGUCAGACUGGAGGUGUACAAGACCUACUGGUUAGCUGUGGGGAAGUGUCUGUCCCCACUGGUGCUCUUGGCACUCUUUCUUAUGCAAGCCUCCAGAAACAUCAGUGACUGGUGGUUGUCUUACUGGGUGACAAACAGUCAUGCUCCCAAUACCUCCAUUAAUGGCAAUGCAUCUUCUCAUGUGAUGUCAGCUUGGUAUCCCCAGGAAUAUUUCUAUGUAGCCACGCCUUUUAUCUCCCCCUCUGCUCCAUCUGUGACCAACAACACCAUCGUGCCCUCCAGCAUGACCUAUGCAGAAGACAACAUCACCUUCUAUCUCACUGUGUACGGGUGCCUUGCUGGAGCCAACACUAUCUUCACAUUGUUCCGGGCAUUCCUGUUUGCAUAUGGCGGCAUCUGUGCUGCUCGUGUAGUGCACAAGAAUCUCCUGUCAUCUAUUCUAAAGGCUCCUGUGAGUUUCUUCGAUGUAACACCAAUAGGGAGGAUCAUCAACCGAUUCUCCUCGGACUUGUACAGCAUCGAUGACUCUCUGCCCUUCAUCCUCAAUAUCUUCCUGGCACAGAGCUAUGGCAUUCUGGGUACUCUGGUCAUCACAUGCUAUGGCCUGCCUUGGUUUGCCAUCCUGCUUGUACCACUAGGGCUGCUGUACUACAAGAUUCAGCAUUUCUACCGGCACACCUCCCGGAAGUUGAAACGGAUCUCCAGUGUAACCUUGUCCCCCAUCUACGCUCACUUCUGGGAGAGCUUGACCGGACUGUCCACCAUCAGGGCACUCAGGGCAACUGAUAGAUUCUGCAGAGAGAACCUGUCACGUCUUGAUGUUAAUCAAAAGGCACAGUAUGCUACAACUGUUGCAGCAAAAUGGCUGGAUUUUCGACUUCAAAUGCUUGGUGUUGCCAUGGUUACUGGAGUUGCAUUUGUAGCAGUUCUGGAGCAUCAUUUCCAUACAGUAAACCCAGGUUUGGUGGGUCUAGCCAUCUCAUACUCUCUGUCCAUAACCAACCUGCUGGGGGGCGUGGUCAUGUCCUUCACUGAGACUGAGAAACAGCUGGUCAGUGUGGAAAGAGCUGACCAGUACAUCAACGAUGUGCCCAGUGAGCAAUGGGAAGGAGUGCUGUUUCCUCCAUCAUACUGGCCUAUUCAAGGUGCUGUGAGUUUUAACCGAGUACAGAUGAAGUACCGACCCAAUCUGCCCAAUGCCCUAGACUUAGUCACAUUUGAAACAGAGCCUGCAGAGAAGAUUGGCAUUGUUGGAAGAACAGGUUCUGGAAAAUCUAGCCUUUUUCUGGUGCUCUUCAGAAUGGUGGAGAUACAGUCAGGGGAGAUAACUCUGGAUGGCAUCAAUCUCCAUCAUCUUGAUCUCAAAGAUAUCAGGUCCAGACUUGCAAUCAUUCCACAAGAUCCAUUCCUGUUCAGUGGUUCAGUUCGAGAGAACCUGGACCCUACCUCAACGUUCACAGACAAUCAUCUGUGGACAGCAUUACGACGAUGUCACCUGGACUCAGCAGUGGAGAUGCUUGGUGGUUUAGAUGCGGAUGUUGCUGAACGAGGGCGUCACUUCUCGGUUGGUCAGAGACAGCUUCUGUGUUUGGCUAGAGCUAUCCUCACUAAUGCAAAGGUGUUGUGUAUCGACGAGGCCACAGCAAGUGUGGACAGUGACACGGACUGCCUGAUCCAGGAGACACUGAAGACAGAGUUCAAAGACAGCACCGUCCUCACCAUCGCCCAUAGGAUCAACACCAUCCUGGACAGCGACCGAGUCCUCGUCAUGGCUGAGGGCAAGGUAGCAGAGUUUGCACCUCCAGGGGCUCUUCUCCAGAACACAAAGUCUCUGUUCUACCAACUGGUUCAUGGCCGACAGUGAGAAAAUAAACAUGGUUGGAAAGCAGUGGAACAAACACCCUUAACCUUGUUGUAGACUGGUAUGUUGACUGCAGAACAAACUGAGGUGGUGGCCAAUAACAAACUAUUUACAACCCAUGGAUAUGUGUAUAAGGUUAUAAAAUUCAUAAUUUUAUUGUAGUUGUAGGUUAAGUUCUGUAAGAAUGAUCAUAGUAUUUGUUCUUUGUGUUUUUGGGUGUUUUUUAGGGCAUUGCUCAAUGUGGAAUAGACAUAUAUUAACCUAAACUAUGUAUCUAUUGAAAGGUCUCUUUGCAUAAAUGCUGUACAUGAUUCUUUGAAGUUUGAAAACCAUGGAUAUUGUAAUUUUGCUCACACCUUGUAUCAACCACAAGAUUUGACUGUCUCUAAUAUGUUUUCACUGAUUCUACUGAACAAUUAGAAAUGUUAGCUCACCUGGUCAGAAGGAAUUAGCUUGUUUGCUCCAAACUGCAUGAGUUUCAAUGUUUAUUAGGUCAUCCUGUUUGAUGAUGGUUCACAACUGGACAUUUUGAUGGCUAUAAAGCAGCCAUCUUUGAUUUAAGAAAAAGAUCUUUUCUUCUCAUAACCUGAGAUAACUUACAAAAAUCUUUAUGCACAUGAUUACAAACAUAUUAGUUUGAUUGGAAAAUUGAAAACAAACAUAUUAUUCUUGAAGCUAUAGGCUCGACAAAACAUUGCCUGUGGUAUUUCCCAAAUUUAUCUUUGGACUACUAGUAUGCAAAUCAACAUAAUAUAAAAUGAAAUAUUGAUAUGAACCAUUUGAGCUUUCAUUCAUACAGAUACAAACAUCACCUGAUGAGCUUUAGUAAACUUGUAAGUCUGUAUGCUCUGGAAACUGAGUGUUUACUUAUGUGACUAAGGUCAGGGGACAUUGUAUCAAUGUUAUUUCUUAGAAGUAGAAACCCAACUGCAUUAAAGAAAGCUUGAAUAUAUCUUUCUAUACUGUGAUCAAGCACUUAUUAUGUGUUUGUGUAUGUCACUGAAAUGUAUAUUAAUGAAGAUUGGAAAUGAUUCCAAGUGCCAAUGUUGCACUGGUUCAAUGUUGAAGGUGAGCUACAUGCUCUCAUCACCAAAAAUUGCACCAGAGGUUAUAAUUUGCCAGUAUUUUAUGCUGAACAUCGCAACAUUUUACAUCAAGCGUGUCGGUUUCAGGUAUUACCUGCCAUGUGUGUAAGAGGCGACAAAGGGAAUCAGAGGGGUCAGGCUACAUGUCAUUGUAUCCCAAUUGUGUAGAUCAAUUCUCAUGCUAUUGAUCACUGGAUUGUCUUGUCCUGAAAUCGAUU